AUGAAAUGCGCCAUCCAACCAGAUAAACUCCCUAGGGCAGAACUUGGCGGAAAACCGUGUAAUGAUUUAAAAAGUAAUUUUGAUUCCAGGAGCAAGCCGACCAUACUCGAUCUUCGUCAUGAGACAAAUGGAAAAGAGAUCGGGAAAUCCAGAACUUCUGAUCCCGUUGAAAUUCGUAUUUCUCACGGCACGCAGUUCACUCUUAAGGAAUGGACGCUGUUGUUCGAAUCAGCUGAAGCAUGUCGCCUUUGGUGCCAGGGUGUCCACAACCUUAUGCUCGACACACGUGAUCGGUUCAUUUCCAGUCAUACAGCCCGCAUUGAACGUUUUAUCGCCAAACAUUUCUACAACCUUGUUACUCCAGGGACUGAAUUAUGUGCGGAACACAUUAUGAAGCAUUUGCUCCAGAUACAUCUCUUCAUGCUCUUUGCGUCUCGCUUUGCUGAGCUUGCCCCGGACGGAAACAUCGUGAAAUUUGAAAGUUUCAUGAAAUUUCUUGAGAAUAUGCAAAGCGAUUCGUUGAGUUCGAAUCGUUCACGAGUUGUCGACUUCCUUAGAAGGUAUUUUUUAUAUAGUAACUUUUCCUUUCGUUUUUGGUCUCAACAUCUCAUUUUUUGGAUUCCUGAAUGUGGACGACAUGCUAACAGAUGA